UUUAAUCGGUGCAAGUAGCGAAGAGACGCAGGGACCACGAAGGGAUCCACGUUCUGUGACAAAAAGCACACGGAACUGACUCUAUUCUAGGUGAAAACAGUCCAGCGUAGCGCGUCGUGGCGACAGUUAACGAAAAGGUUGCGAAACACGGGAGUUCUUCCAAAUGUCGCGUGCUAGUUCAGCGAUUCUUUCAAAGUGAAUUUGUGAAACGUGCAAGUAUUUAGUUCUGUAUUUAAUUGCAAUUAGUCGAGAUUAAUUUAUCAGCCAUAAAGAGCAGCUCACGAUCGGUGUUGUAGAUGACAUUUAAGAACCUGAUGAAUCUUGGAAACCUUGCCAAAGAUUCUUAUCGUCCUCCCAUCGACAGAUACCACAGUGGCCCUAGUGGCUACCACCACAGUGGUUCCGGUGGUUAUCAUCACAGCGGUUCCGGUGGCUACCAUCACGGCUCACGCGGGAGCUACAAGGGCAAAGGUGGAAGCGGAGCCGCGCUUAGCGCAUUGACUCUGCUCGCCUUCCUGUUCCUCAUAAACGUCAUGCAGCAAUCUCUGCAGGAUAACAAUUCGACGACGUCAACGAUGGCGCCCACUGUGAUACUGCGCGACGGUGACCACCCAGUAGCUCUGGAUGCUAAGGAGGAGGAUGACAAGAAGGGGGACGUGGCGAAGCGUGACGGCUCCUACAGGACACCAGCGAAAUCCAAGAUCGAAAGGCUUAACAAUCAGUAUAUUAAAUAA